CUGUCGAAACCUCAGGGCAUAAAAGGCCCAGAGCAUGCACACCCUGGGGAAAGCUGGCCAGGGACACGGGAGCAACCAUCAUGGACCAGAAGUCUCUCUGGGCAGGUUUAGCAGUCUUGCUGAUUCUCCAAGGAGGAUCUGCCUACAAACUGGUUUGCUACUUUACGAGCUGGUCCCAGGACCGGCAGGAACCAGGAAAGUUCACCCCUGAGAAUAUUGACCCCUUCCUGUGCUCUCACCUCAUCUACUCAUUUGCCAGCAUCAGUAACAACAAGAUCGUCAUCAAAGACAAGAAUGGCGCGAUGCUCUACCAGACCAUCAGCAGUCUCAAAGCCAAGAAUCCCAAACUGAAAGUUCUCUUGUCCAUUGGAGGGUACCUGUUUGGUUCCAAAGGGUUCCACCCUAUGGUUGAUUCUUCGACAUCACGUUUGGAAUUUAUUAAUUCUGUACUCCUGUUUCUGAGGAACCAUAACUUUGAUGGCCUGGAUAUAAGCUGGAUCUACCCAGAUCAGAAAGACAACACCCAUUACACUGCACUGAUCCAUGAGUUAGCAGAAGCCUUUCAGAAGGACGUAGUAAAAUCCACCAAAGAAAGGCUUCUCUUGACUGCAGGCGUAUCUGCAGGGAGGCAAAGGAUUGAUAAAAGCUACCAGGUCAAGCAACUGGCACAAGAACUGGAUUUCAUCAACCUCCUGUCCUUUGACUUCCAUGGGUCUUGGGAAAAGCCCCUUGUCACUGGCCACAACAGUCCUCUGAGAAAGGGGCAGUUGGACAGAAGCCCAAGCUCUUACUACAAUGUGGAGUACGCUGUGGAGUACUGGAUACAUAAAGGAAUGCCCCCAGAGAAGGUGGUCAUGGGCAUCCCCAUGUAUGGACGCUCCUUCACACUGGCCUCUGCAGAAUCUGCUGUGAGGGCCCCUGCCUCUGGUCCUGGAGCUGCUGGCCCCCUGACCAAAUCUCCAGGCUUCCUGGCCUAUUAUGAGAUCUGCCAGUUCCUGCAACAAGCCAAGAUCACGAGGCUCCAGGACCAGGAGGUUCCCUAUGCAGUCAAGGGGAACCAGUGGGUGGGCUAUGAUGACGUGGAGAGUGUGGAGGCCAAGGCUCAGUUCCUAAAGAAUUUAAACCUGGGAGGGGCCAUGAUCUGGUCCCUUGACAUGGAUGACUUCACUGGCAAAUCCUGCAGCCAGGGUCCCUACCCGCUUGUCCAAGCUGUCAAGAGAAACCUUGGCUCCCUAUGAAGGCUUAACUUACCAUGGAACAGGCAAGGUGACCUUGCUGCCUGGGGCCUGCUCCGUCUCCGGGAAUCCUUGCAUGGGACUCUUGUGCCAGGCUGGCCUUCAGAUCGCUCUUUUCCAAGCCUUCUCGGACUUUCUCUGAGACCUUGCAUUGGGCUUGGCUUUGUUUUCCCGCAACUGUUGACAUAUUGCCCUGAAGCACAAUAAAAAACAACUCUCAUUUUGCUCCAG